UCCCGAUGUGUUUAGUUCCAAAAGCCUUGCCCUUCAAGCCCAGAAGAAGAUUUUGAGCAAAUUAGCGAGCAAGACUGUGGCCAACAUGCUGAUUGACGACACUAGCAGCGAGAUCUUCGAUGAGCUCUAUAAAGUCACCAAAGAGCACACCCGCAACAAGAAGGAAGCCCACAAGAUCAUGAAAGACUUAAUCAAGGUGGCGAUCAAAAUCGGGAUCCUCUACCGAAACAACCAGUUCAGCCCGGAGGAGAUGGUGAUCGUGGAGAAGUUCAGGAAGAAGCUGAACCAGACCGCCAUGACCAUGGUCAGCUUCUAUGAGGUGGACUAUACCUUUGAUAAGAACGUGCUCUCCAAGCUUCUGCAUGAGUGCAAGGACCUGGUGCACGAACUGGUGCAGCGACACCUGACGCCCAGGACCCAUGGGCGUAUCAACCACGUCUUCAAUCACUUUGCCGACACGGAGUUCCUCACCACCCUCUAUCGCCUGGAUGGGGACUCUAGGCCCAGCCUCAAGAGGAUUUGCGAGGGGAUCAAUAAAUUAAUAGACGAGAAAGUCCUGUGAAUGCCUCCCCACCCCACCACAACCCCCGCUAGACUUGGCUGCUUGCAGGUUACAGUGCAGCACCCUCUGUGGUUUGAGUGCGAGUCAAGAUACAAGAAGAGACCCUUGUGGAAGAUGCUGAUGUUCUGUCCUCUGCAUCCCUCUGAUGCUGAGCUGUGAGCAGGUGUGUGUGUCCCCUGAGCUCGCUGAGGAGGUCCGUGUUUCGCAUCCUCUUUAUUUGCAAGCUCGAUGGACGCUUCAUGUACUGUGAGCACGAAGGCUGCACUGCACACCCUGAAGUCAGUUCACCAGCUCAGCCUGCACAGUAGGAAGAUCUCUGGGCCAGUAGUUGAGACCUCCACCAGUGACAACCCUGUCCUCUGGACCCUGGAAUGGAGAUGCCUGCCCCCAGCCCCCCACCCCCACCCCCACACACACAGA